AUGUUGCUAUUCUGGAGAGCGUUACACUUUCUCACUAUUUACGUAAUCAAUUUUCCCAGUUUGUCCUUUGGUGCCACCCUCAAGUUUGAAAGAUCAGAGGUCAUUGGGGAUAUCUUUAACUUAUCCCCUAGAGGAUGGUUACCAGGAAACAAAGAGCGCCCUCUGGAGGACUGGCAACAAGAGAUAGAGGGAUAUAGAGGCAUUGCUGACCAGAUCAUAGAAAGGUCCAUGCGAGGCCCAGCUGCUAACCAGUCUUAUGACAGACUAGCUACAUUUGUGGACAAAUUUGGAUAUCGACUUGUUGGAACCCAAAACCUGGAGGAUUCUAUAGAUUACUUACUGGAAAAACUGAAAGAAGAUGGGCUGGAAAAUGUUCAUGGAGAAGAUGCCAUAGUGCCUCAUUGGGUGCGAGGAAAGGAGUCAGCAGAAAUGCUGUCACCAAGAAGAAAGAAACUUGCACUUCUUGGCCUUGGCUCCAGUGUUGGAACUCCUGAAGAAGGUAUACAAUCAGAGGUCAUCGUAGUAAGGUCAUGGGAUGACCUUGAUCAACAUUCAAAGCAGGUGAAGGGAAAGAUUGUGGUGUAUAACCAGGAGUGGAAAGGUUACAGUAAGUCGGUAGACUACCGCAGUAAUGGAGCAUCCAGGGCAGCUGCUUACGGGGCAGUGGCGACACUGAUACGCAGUGUCACCCCUCUAUCCAUCAACAGUCCACAUACUGGCAUGCAGGAUUAUACUGAUGGUGUGAAGAAGAUUCCAACAGCAUGUAUUACUGUUGAGGAUGCUGAGAUGAUGGACCGAAUGCAACAGCGAGGUGAGAGGAUCGUAGUGAAGCUGGUGAUGGGAGCCCAGAACCUUCCAUCUGUCAAAUCCAGGAACACAGUGGCUGAGGUGAUGGGAAGCAUGUACCCAGAUGAGGUUGUACUCUUUGGUGGACACCUGGACAGUUGGGAUGUUGGUCAGGGAGCCAUGGAUGAUGGCGGAGGUGCAUUUAUCUCAUGGCAGGCGCUGUCCUUGAUCUCCCAACUUGGACUGCGACCCAAACGGACAAUGAGGAUGGUCCUAUGGACAGGUGAGGAAAUGGGUGGAAUCGGAGCUGAAGCCUAUUAUCACGCACACAAGGGUGAUAUCUCUAACUUUGAUAUGGUGAUGGAGUCAGAUAUUGGAACUUUUCAUCCUUAUGGGAUCAAAUUUACGGGUACAGAGAAAGCUACCAAAAUAAUGGAGUCUGUAGUUGAUCUACUGCGACCAAUCAAUGCUACUCAACUGGCAAAUGAAGCCGACGGUACAGAUAUAGCCAUGUGGAUGUCACAUGGUGUUCCAGGCUCAAGUCUACUCACAGAUACUUCUUCAUACUUCUACUAUCACCAUACAGACGGAGAUACAUUGACAGUUCAGAAUCCUAAGGAGAUGGACCGAAGUGCUGCUGUGUGGGCAGUAGUGGCAUUUAUUGUGGCAGACAUGGAGGAAAUGUUGCCCCGUUAA